UAGACCUUAGUUGAGAACCACAGGCUAGUUGAACGUCGAGUGAAUUGCUUAUUUUUGGGACAAAGUCUGAAGGAUACAGCGAGAAAACUCUCGUUCUGAACCAUUUUGGAGCAUUAUAGAUCUCACCGUGACGGUUGUUGGGAGAUCGACAUUUUUAGGCCAUCUGACUGCUGAUAUUGUGAACAACCACAAUGUCAUCACCAGGGGGACAGGGUGGAGGAACUCUGUCCACCAGAGGAGGGGGCGGGGCAAAGAGAAUGAAGUGGGCGCUGGAGCUGGGGCUGGGCAACACCAGGGGUCGUGGCGACAGACAGAGUAACCAGGGUGACGUCAUGUAUCCCGUUGGAUACUCUGACAAACCCGUACCUGACACAAGCGUGCAGGAGACAGACCGGAAUCUGGUGGAGAAGAGAUGCUGGGAUGUGGCUCUGGGGCCUUUGAAACAGAUCCCCAUGAAUCUCUUCAUCAUGUAUAUGUCAGGAAACACCAUCUCUAUUUUUCCCAUAAUGAUGGUGUGUAUGAUGGCGUGGAGACCCAUUCAGGCUCUCAUGUCCAUGUCUGCCACAUUUAAACUUCUGGAGAGCUCCAGUCAGCAGUGGCUUCAAGGCCUGGUUUAUCUUAUUGGCAACCUUCUGGGCUCAGCAUUGGCUAUCUAUAAGUGUCAAUCAAUGGGACUGUUACCUACACACUCAUCUGACUGGCUAGCUUUCAUAGAACCGCCACAGAGAAUGGAGAUUAUGGGAGGAGGAAUGGUGUUGUAGAAAAGGAGGACAAAAGCCCAAACUUUUCCUUUCUUUUUCCUUUCCUUCCUGUUCCUCAAACAAACACACACGCGUGCAAACACAUUCACGCACAGUCUACCUUUGUGUGGUCCUCGCCUACUGACUUCACAAUAUAUCAGAGAAUUUUCCAGAGAGAUAUGCUUGCAUUAAUUUAUCUUUGUGUUAACUUGGAUACUUGCAAAUUUUGUCCUUUUAUCACCUGAAUGAAUAAUUUACUCGAAAACAUUUAAUAAAGGAGAUUU